AUGGUCGAUUUCAACGGGAGCUUUGCCUCCCCUCUCGCCGAUGCCAGCGUCGUCGCUCAACUUGCCAACCCCACGGAGCUGGUGUCCUCGUUUCUCAAUGGCCUGACCGUUUGGACUGCCAUUCUGUACUUGGCUAUUGCUGCUGUAUUUUACGAUCAAGUGAAAUACAUCUACCUCAAGGGCUCCAUUGUCGGCCCAUCAAUGAAAAUUCCGUUCAUGGGCCCCUUCUUGCAAUCCGUCAACCCCAAGUUUCACGAAUACAAGGCCAAAUGGAACAGCGGCGACCUGAGCUGUGUCUCGGUUUUCCACAAAUUCGUCGUCAUUGCUUCCUCUCGUGAUCUUUCUCGCAAGAUUUUCAACUCUCCCUCAUAUGUCAAGCCAUGUGUCGUGGAUGCCGCUCACAAACUGCUGGGUCCUACCAACUGGGUCUUCCUGGACGGCAAGGCCCAUGUUGAGUUCCGGAAGGGUUUGAACGGCCUGUUUACCCGCCACGCUUUGUCGCUCUACCUUCCUGGCCAGGACGAAGUGUACGACAAGUACUUCAAGCACUGGCUGGAAGUUUCGACCAAGAACGAGAACAAGCCCGUACCAUUCAUGGGCGAGUUCCGCGAGUUCAUGUGUGCCAUUUCCUGCAAGACCUUUGUUGGUGAAUACAUGUCCGACGCAGCUGUCAAGAAGAUUGCCGACGAUUACUACCUGAUCACCGCUGCCCUAGAAUUGGUCAAUUUCCCUAUCAUCAUUCCCUUCACUAAGACCUGGUACGGAAAGAAGGCUGCCGACAUGGUUUUGGAAGAAUUCAGUAAAUGUACUGCCAAGAGCAAGGCCCGUAUGGCUGCUGGUGGUGAGAUCAACUGCAUCAUGGAUGGCUGGGUAAAGGCGCAGCUUGAUUCGGCCGCAUACCGCGAAAAGAUUGCCAAGGGAAUCUCAGUGGACGAUUCAGAAAAGCCCGCCCAGCUUCUCCGUGAGUUCACAGACUACGAGGUUGCCCAGACAGUGUUCACUUUCUUGUUUGCCUCUCAAGAUGCCACCAGCGCUGCUUGCACCUGGCUCUUCCAGCUGAUGGCUGACCGCCCCGAUAUCCUUGACAAGGUUCGCGAUGAGAAUUUCAAAUUGCGCAACGGAGACCGAGAUGCUCCUCUUUCCAUGGAUAUGUUGGAGAACAUGCACUAUACGCGGGCUGUGGUUAAAGAGACUCUGCGUUACCGUCCUCCUGUCAUCAUGGUUCCCUACAUCGCCAAAAAGGAUUUCCCUAUCACCGAGUCUUACACCGUUCCCAAGGGUUCCAUGAUCAUUCCUUCUGUUUACCCUUCGACCCACGACCCCGAGGCUUACGAGGACCCCGAGACUUUCAACCCAGACCGAUGGAUUUCCGGUGACGCCGAGAAGCAAAGCAAGAACUGGCUCGUCUUCGGAACGGGUCCUCACUACUGUCUUGGACAGACAUAUGCCACACACAACCUUAUGGGAUUGGUUGGCAAGGCCAGUAUGCAUCUCAACUGGGAGCACUUCCCAACUCCCGAAUCCGAGGAAAUCAAGGUUUUUGCUACUAUCUUCCCCAAGGAUGACUGCCACCUGGCCUUCACUGCGCGGGAUUAA